GGUCAAAUUACGGUUUUAACAUAAAAUACCCUACCUGUAACUUUUUCCGGUACACCUGGUUACUACUCCACGCACCGAUGAAUAAAUAACUAUGCUCACAUUCACAUACACCAAUUUUACCAUGGUGGAGUCGACCUAGGCUGGAGACUGCAACCUCAUUGGGUUGUUGAGAAGCAAUGAAUGAGAUUGGCGAGGGCACCUAGCUAGCUAGCUAGGUCAUGGCCACGGAGGGAAAAAAUUGAUUGAAUCAGAAGUACCAAGAACAGCUGUGUGCCCACAGAGCCAUAAAUGAGAGACUGCAAUUUCUCUAUCUGCUAGUUUCUUAGGUAAAAAAAAACCAAAUUAUCAUCUAAAGUGGUCAACUAUGUAACUAGCAUUCUGUUGUUGCAUCCUAUUCCUUUUAGCCAUUUCUGGAAAACACCACCACCACCACAUUCAAUUAUUUGCCCUUUGUUUGUGGUCCUCUCCUACCACCAUUACUUCGUACCUUUCUUCUGGUUCCUAUCCUACAACUUCCUUUUUAUCCCUGCUCUUGUUGUUGUGUGUGUUGGUUGUCCUGCAUUCAAUACCAAGAACACCGGUAGCAAUGGCCCAGCAAAGAUACUACAUAUGUGUGGUAUGAGAUGAAUUAUUGAAACUCUUUUAAGCUGCAACAACUCAAAUCGUAGGUAUCAACAGGUGCUUGGCAAUGUUAUCGGAGUUUUCUGUGACCGAGCGGUCUUCGGUUCGAAUCCCGUCGAUUCUCAUUGAUAAGUACAUGGCGUUUGAUGACUGUGCGUACUUCAAGCCAAUAUGAGCGGGCUUUCGUUUAAAUGAGGGGGGGGGGGGGGUGUUCGUAUGGGGUAUUAGAUCCAGUAUCGAACAUUUUUAAACAACUCGAGUCGCAGUGAUCAACUAUUUUUUUCUGCAUUUUGCUUUUACUACCAUGUGAAUUUUACAAGUUUCGUCAACGUAGAGAUGAAAGUGUAAGAACUCAAUUCAAUGGUCCCCCCUAUGUUUCUAACUUGAGGGGGAUCACGCAUGACCGAUCGCACAAAUCUCGUAUUUGAGCGCCUUCAUUAGUAUGUUAGUGAAAACAACGCGAUCAGUCCCUCCGACUCUACUGUCCCAUUCAAGUCAUUGCAUCGCGAGAGGAUGUGCUGGCUGGCCGGAUUGGAUCAAUAGUGGGGCUCGUGGGUUUGCUGGUGUGGUGGUCUGGUGGGGAAUCAAGUGUUCAAGUCAAGGUUCAAUUGAGCGGAUGUAUGAGAUGCUGCUUACGUGGUUUUGGUAAUCCUAAGAGUUUUAAUUCGACAUGCUAAAAAAAAAAAUAAUCAGAGUGGAGACGACAUGAUUGUCUUUGUUGUGAAUUACAAAAUUUAGGGAACAUUUUGUUAAAAUAUUUAGGCUAGUUAAUAUUUAUUCCGGUAUUAAUAACAUCAUGUUUUUAGUUCCAAUCUAGUGUUCCCUCAAUAGGGAAAAAGAUAAGUCAGAAUUAUGAAUUUGUGGAAUUAGCAGUUUUUUGGAGGGUCCAGUGCCAGGCCCCCUGCCCAUUGGAGUUUGCAGCUUUUUGGGCUUUUUGCCCUCUGCUGUCGUCCAAACCAACUAGUACAGUUUGACCAAAUUUUUCGAGCCCAAUUCCUCUUCCUCGGCCAUUGAACAAUUAUAUCUUGCCGUUAAGUUCAAUUUCCAUAUUUAAGAAAAAUAUUACUUUCAUUAAUUUCAAUUUUCAAAUUGGGGAAAAAAUGAUUUUUCAUACCAAAUAGGCAAAUAUGAACACGGUAAAUGGUAUAUGAUCCUGUGCGUGAAUAUCAGAUGGGAUUUGCUCUAAGUUAUAAGAAAAUGGCCAUAUAAUUUGUGUAUCCUAGGAUGGAAAUUUCGUUUUGGUAAAAUUUUAUGGAUAAUUAUACGAAGAUAUUCGAUUUUGAUACUCUAUUAAUCUCCAUAAUAUUAUCACCAAACUCUAAACGAUAAUAGGUAAGUAACUAAAAUUUCCAAAAAUCAUUCUUUUAUUCAAAUUUUGAUUAUUAUUUUUUUUUGCAAAAGCUUGAUAAGUGAGAAUAAUAAUUCUUCCCUUUUUAAUAUUUUAUAUAAUUUUGUUAAAAAAUCAUAUUCUCUCACAUGUCUAUUAAUAAGUAUUUAUAAUAGUUUACCAAUCAAACAAUCUACGUUUUAAAUACUUCUCUACGAACUCGAAUCAUAAUCUAUUUUUUCAAAAACUCACAACUUGACCAAACUAAUGUGACAUCCUAUAGUACAUCACAAUCUUAAGAGUUGUUAUUGCGAUAAAGUAUAACGAGACGAACAUACAUCUCACAUACAAUAAAACGAUUGACAAUUCACUACUAAAUAAAUUUAGAUAAAAACGAGUGAUCGACUUGAUAUUGAAUAACUCGAUGCAUUCGUAUCAAACUCUAUUUUUAGAACUAUUGUUAUAAACUCCAAUUCAUCAACCAAUUUGAGGAUUAAAAUUGCAUAAAAAGUAAAACCAAUACCCACCUCCUUGAUUGAUCAUAGCCUUUGAGCAAAUUUUCCUCAUGAACUAGUGGCCUUCUGAAUUUUUCUUUUUCUUUUUUCAAAUAAAGCUUUUGGGAUAAGAACAGAACAAAGAACUCCACUCGGCCCUUUGCUCCAUUCCAAGGCCCAAACGAAGGACAGAUUGCAUUGACGAGUCCAAUCGUACAGAUGCUUUGACUGUCCCUUUGACCAGUCCUCCAUCCUUCUCUCUCUCUCUCUCCUUAAAAUCUACAAAACCCUAAUCCAAAAUUAAACACAAUAUAAAAUUAAAAUCCCCCCAAAAGUCCAAAAGCCCAAUAAUAAACCUUAAUAAAUCGAGAAAAAUCCCAAAAAGAAAAAAAAAAAAACAAAAGAGAAACUUUUCGUAAUAUUAAAAUCUCAAUGGACAGGAUUGUCUUUUCAACAGGUUAUUUACCUUCCCCGGGCCCCACCUCCCCCGCUAAACGCGGCCCCACGCCUUCCCCCAUCCGACGGCCCAGAUCAACUCCUCCCCAAUCCUUCGCCGUCCGAUCGAAAAAUCCGCAGCCGGCGAUUCGAUUCCCUCUCACACACGAUAUACGCCUUCCUCGCACCAUGCCGACGUGGCACCGAAACCCUUUCCUUUAUAUUCUUCUCUUCUCUCCCAACUCUCUCCACAAGGAGAAGAAAAACCGAAAACCCUUUCUCUGAUAUUUUUGGGGAUUUAGGGUUUUCUCUUCCUCUCUCUGUUUGUUGAGUUUGCGAUCGGCGGCGGCGAAGAAGAUGAGCAGCGAUCGGCUUACCGGCAAGGUGAAGUGGUUCAACGACCAGAAGGGCUACGGGUUCAUCACCCCCGACAACGGCGACGAAGAUCUCUUCGUCCACCAGACCUCCAUUCGGGCCGAGGGCUUCCGCAGCCUCGGGGAGAAUGAGGAGGUCGAGUACCAGAUCGAGAGCUCCAACGACGGCCGCACCAAGGCGAUCGACGUGACCGGCCCCAACGGCGCUCCCGUCCAGGGCGGCCCCAGCGGCGGCAGCGGAGGAGGCGGUGGAUACGGAGGCGGCGGUGGCAGGGGAGGCCGCGGAGGAGGUGGAUACGGCGGAGGAGGCUACGGUGGAGGAGGAGGUUAUGGUGGCGGAGGUGGGUACGGUGGUGGUGGCUACGGAGGCGGUGGUGGCAGGGGUGGUCGUGGAGGUGGCGGCGGUGGGUGCUUCUCUUGCGGCGAGGCUGGACACAUGGCCAGGGACUGUCCCAGCGGAGGCGGCGGCGGCGGAGGCAGGUAUGGAGGAGGCGGUGGCGGUGGCGGCGGCGGAGGCGGCUGCUACAACUGUGGUGGGAGCGGGCAUUUCGCCAGGGAGUGUCCCAACAGCGGCGGUGGCGGCGGGCGCUGAUCUCUCAAUCCUCUGAUGGGUUUUUGGGUCUGCGAUGUGUGGAAGCGAUUUCACAUCUCAACAGAUCUCUGCUAUUUGAGCUGUGUCGUUGGUGAUUGGCUUCGUUGUUCUCUUUUAUGUUUUCGGAUUAUCUAGUAUGGUGAAGUUUGUGUCCUCUCUGUUUAGUGUUCAUGGAUGUUUGGUAUCAAUGGUUUGUUCUUUUGGUUUUGGAUGCUCUUGCUCUCUUAGAGGCCUCUUAAAGGUCUCUAUGUGAUGGUGAUAGCUUUUGUUAGGUUUAGGCAGUAGAGAGAGCAACAGCAGCAAUGGAUUUGAUGAGAAGUCAUAUGUUUGUGUUGGAUUGUGAAACUCUCAAACUGUUCUCGUUCCGAAGUGUUUUCAUACACAGAUUCUAUAUAUAUGGGGAUGGAUACAUGCUUGUUCAGUCCACUCUUUACUUGCUCGACUUAUAUUAAACUGUUCGUGAUUUGCUUGCCUGCUGUUGAUUCCAGCAUCUGAUGCUUGCUUGCUUAUUUACAAAGCUGUUUAAUGGGUUCUGGCUCUCAUAUCCUGUUGGUUGGAAUAAUGGGUCAUCGUCUCAUUUACUAAUCGACAAUGACUUGUGGGAUUGGUUUCCUUUAUUAUGCUUGUCCUUUUCAUUGUUGCUUUUCCACAGCUCCAUUUAUAUCAGCUUCUGUUUGGAGUAGUAGCCAGCCUGUGUGUUGUGACUCAUUGUUUGUGCGAGUGCAAGCAUUGCUAUUUGGAGCUCUGCUUUUUUCUGGUUGCCCUUUUGCAGUUUUGGAUGUUGUUCUUGAAUUGGUUAUGGUUAUGGGUUCCCCACAAGAAAAGGAGAGCAUACCCAAUUAUACAUGCUCCCUGUUUUCUCCAAGACCACCAACCACCCUGGUUUUCCAAUGUGAGGGACCAUGUAACUGUAUACCCCUUCUGUCUUGCAAAUCCAUAUCUUUUUUUUUUUUUUUUCAUGCUGUCAUGGUUUUUGCCAGUGGAUAAUGCUGUUAGGAUUUGGUUUUUGACUGGUUUAGAUCAUGUGAUAUGUACUGUGAUGAGAGAUUUGGUGAGGGGGAUUAGACCAGUCUAACUCUAGCCAUAAAGGUGUGAUCUUGUG